GACUGCGGCCUGCCGCUGCGGCCAUGCCCAAUAUCCCGGCCCUCGGCGGCCUGCUGCAUGCCCUCGUGCGCCCCGGCCUCGUCGUGCCGCACCUCGUCGUCGCCGACAUUGCGGCGCUCGACUGGCGCCGCCUGCAUGCUGCCGGCGUGCGCGCCAUCGUGUGCGACAAGGACAACUGCCUGACGAAGCCGCAUGAGGACGUGCUGGCGCCGGCGAUCCGCGAGGCGUGGCACCAGGCCAUCGAGACCUUUGGCCGCGACAACAUCCUCAUCGUCUCCAACAGCGCCGGCAGCUCGAGCGACCCGCACGGCCUCGGCGCCGAGAACCUCUCGCGCGAGCUGUGGGUGCCCGUGCUGGCGCACCCCGCCAAGAAGCCGGCGCGCGCCUGUGCGCGGCAGAUCGCAGACGUGCUGCGGCCGCAGGGCCACGUGCUCGUCAUCGGCGACCGGCCCACGACGGACGUCGUGCUGGCGCACCGGCUGGACCGCGUGCUGCGGCGCCAGCACGCGCGCAGUGGUCUUGCGAUCGAGCCUGCGCCGCAAGGCAGCAGCGCUGGCGUCGUCGACCUGCUUGGCGCAGACACGACUGGCGCAUCGGGCGGCCCGAGGGCGUUCGCAGUCCUCACCACACAUCUGUGGGCCUCGGAGCGGCUAGGCACGCGCCUGAUGCGCGGCGCCGAGAACACGGCGCUGCGGCUGCUCGCGCGACGGAAGACGGCACCAGGAGGAGGCUGGCGCCCCUCGGCGGAGAAUGCAGCGUCUGCCGAGUGGAUGGCGCUGGCGCUGCGGCCGGCUCGCACGUCCGAGGUGCGUGCGUCUCUGCCGCCGCUGCGUGCACAGCAGGCCGGGCUGCUCGCCAUGCUGCUCUCGCAGCCGUCGUUGCCACGCUGGGCGCGUCCGCCACUGCGUGCGCUGCUCUUCGUCACGAGCACACGCCCGGCACUCUGGCUCGGCAGCUGGCUCAGCAAAGGCUGGAGCAUGGUCGGCGAGGGCGUGCGCCUCGGCACCGACGCAAGACUGCGCUCGCCGCGCUUCCUGCCGCCGAUGGAGCAGAGAGCGAGGUUAGGUGCGCCGCCGAGAGGCUCGCGUGGCUACGCGACCGGUCCACCGCGCCCGCCGGCCAGGGACGGGCAAGCGCGAGCUCCUCGUGCGGCGACUGCUCCUGCAAAGGCCAAGUCUGGCGUUGCAGGCAGUGCACCUGCGCCGAGCCAGCGAGCAGCCAGCGAGAGUCGAGCUCCACGCCCCAUCGCACGUCCGCGACCAGGCCUCGCCGCGCCGCCGCGUCCGUCGCCUCAGGCGAAAGCCGAGCCUCAGCCCGAGCCACUCGUGCCGCCGCCGAGCAAGAUCCGCGGCUGGAUCCCGGCGCUGCUGGCCCUCGUCAUCAUCCCCACGGGCUGGUUUGCCGGCGUGGCGCUGCACGAGUACCGCACCGAGAUCCAGGGCGAGCCGGACGAGACUGUCGAUGCGGCACCGGCCACUGCACCUGCUGCUGCUGCACCGCCAGCGGCUGCUCAGCCGGAGCUCUCUGCCCGAGUCAAGGCGGAACAGCAGGCUGCUCUUGAGCGCGAAGCCUACCACGUCGCGCGCGAGCUCAAGGAUCUGCAGGAGAAGCAGGCGCGCCUGCAGGAGCGUGCUGCCCGGCCAUGA